CGGGUUGCCUUCGCACGCCGAAAAAUCCCUCAUUCAGGGAUUAUUUUGCGCCAAUGCACAGCAUCCCGCUGCAUUGACUUUAAUGUUCUGUGAGGUAAAAUCUGCCAUGAGCAUCUGGCUACCAUUUAGACGCAUUGAGAGCGAGUUGAUAGAGAAAUCCUGGACUACCGAAGACUGAAAGCUGGUUUUGAAUAAUGAGGAUAAACUGCAAUAGGCCUUGACUUUUGAUUAAGACGUAAUUCACAAUAUUUUGUUGAACAGAAAUAGAACAGACUGCAUUGCUCAUAGUCACAGACUAUAAUGGCCUGAUAUUAGUCACACUUUUUCUUAAGACACAUCUGCAGUUAAGCAUUCUCAGGUUGAACUGCAAAUUUUUUGAAUAAGCAAGCAAAAUGGAGCACUCCUUCAAAGACGGAAUUCGGACCAAUAAUGUCCAGGGACUAUGAAGAGCCUGGUCAGUCUGUAGGGAUGUUGGCUGCGGUGGAACAUGGUCCGGUCCUCUGCAGUGACUCCAACAUCCUCUGCCUCUCAUGGAAAGGGAGAGUUCCCAAAAGUGAGAAGGAGAAGCCGGUGUGCAGGAGGCGCUACUAUGAGGAGGGCUGGCUGGCCACAGGGAACGCCAGGGGUGUUGUGGGUGUGACUUUCACGUCUAGUCACUGUAGAAGGGACAGAAAUACCCCACAACGAAUCAACUUCAAUUUACGGGGUCAUAACAGUGAGGUUGUCCUUGUCAGAUGGAAUGAACCGUUUCAGAAGCUUGCAACGUGUGACAUGGAGGGAGGGAUAUUUGUGUGGAUCCAGUAUGAAGGAAGAUGGUCUGUAGAGUUGGUGAAUGACAGAGGUGCUCAGGUGAGUGACUUCACCUGGUCACAUGAUGGUACACAGGCCUUAAUCGCCUACAGGGAUGGUUUUGUCCUGGUGGGUUCAGUGAGCGGUCAGAGACACUGGUCGUCUGAGAUCAAUCUGGAGAGCCAGAUCACCUGUGGAAUCUGGACCCCUGAUGACCAGCAGGUGCUUUUUGGAACAGCAGACGGGCAAGUCAUAGUGAUGGACUGCCACGGCCGUAUGCUUGCCCAUGUUCUUCUGCAUGAGUCAGAUGGCAUAGUCAGCAUGUCUUGGAACUGCCCAAACUUCCUGGUGGAGGACAGCACUGAGAGCGAUACAGACUCUGAUGACCCUACUCCAGCUCAAGUGCAAAAUCUCAAACCAAUGCUCACGGUCAGCUUCAUAUCAGGAGACAUUAGUUUGAUGAACAACUAUGAUGACCUUUCACCUAACAUUAUACGCUCAGGACUGAAAGAUGUGGAGGUACAGUGGUGCUCUCAGGGAGACCUGCUGGCAGUGGCCGGGAUGGAGAGACACGGCCUGCCCGCUGACUCAGCCUGUGCCUCUUUAAUGAGGAACGCCCUUGUCAAGUUUUACAAUGUCCAAGGGGAACAUAUAUACACUUUAGAAACUCCAGCCCAAAGGCCCAUCACCACGAUUUGCUGGGGUCACAGGGACUCGCGUCUGUUUCUGGCCUGCGGACCAGCCCUGUAUGUAGUGCGUGUGGAGCACCGUGUGGCCAGCCUGCAGCUUCUGUGUCAGCAGGGCAUUGCCAGUGCUCUUAAAGAGGAGAGAGAUGUGGGAAAACUGAACAUGCCUUCACUCCUCUGUUCCUAUGUUACCACUGCUUUCAUUCCAACUAUCAAGCCACCAAUCCCUGAUCCGAAUAACAUCCGAGACUUUGUGAGCUAUCCAACAGCAGGGAAUGAACGCUUGCACUGCACGAUGAAACGUUCAGAGGAAAAUCCAGAAGCAGGAAGCCCCUGUUAUACCCUCUAUCUGGAACACCUGGGAGGUUUGGUGCCUAUUCUCAAGGGUCGUCGCAUCAGCAAACUGCGACCGGAGUUUGUCAUUAUGGACCCAAAAAUGGAUGGUAAAGCAGAUGAGGUCUGUGUAAAUGGGAUGAUCUCCUAUAUGACAGACAGCUGUAACUGCUCAGACUCAAGCGAUAUUGAGUUGAGCGAUGAGUGGGUAGGGCGAAAGUCGCCCAAACUUUCUAGAGGAAACAGGUCUCCUAAGCUUCCUAGGUACUCUAAACAUAUAAGAAUUAAUAUGGAAUCAAGAAAGUCUCCUAAACUUGCCCAAACAUCUCAAGAAAUGUCUAGGUCUCCUAGAUUACCAAAGAAGCCUUCAGUUCGGUCUCCGAGUCUUACUCGAAGAGAAUUUCCAGUUGAUGGCUUUAGUGAGCAUAAUUACUUGGCCCAGGUCACCUCUAACAUUUGGGGAACAAAGUUUAAGAUUGUAGGCCUUGCCUCAUUUUUGCCAGCUAACUUGGGAGCAGUUAUUUAUAAAACUAGUUUGCUGCACCUGCAACCUCGUCAGAUGACCAUUUAUUUGCCUGAGGUACGUAAAAUAUCCCUGGACUUCAUGAGUCUGCCAGUCUUUAAUCCCAAUGUGUUCAGUGAAGAUGAAGAUGAUUUACCUGUUAUGGGACCCUCAGGAGUGUCAGCCGACAAUCCUCCUUGUACAGUUAAUAUCCCCAUCGCUCCAAUUCACAGCCCUGCUCAAGCCAUGUCACCUACGCAGAGUAUAGGCUUAGUGCAGUCUCUCCUAGCCAACCAGAAUAUUCAGCUUGAUGUCCUUACCAAUCCCACUGCCACUGCAGCAGCGGCAGCUGCAGCAGCAACAGCAGCCGCAGCGGCUAAUGCAACAGCAGCAGCGGCUAAUGCAACAGUAUCUGAGCACAGUCAGGACACUGUGACAGCACAGUACACUGUGCCAACCAGAUAUUCCAACCCUGGACAGGUGAUUUUCAGUGGACUGGAAAUGAGUAAUAUCCUGAGUGGAACUCUUCCUCCUCCUCCACAUCAUCUGCCACAACAACCCCACCAACAACGUCAACAACAACAACAGCAACAAGACCAUCAACAAUCUAAAUAUCAACAGCAAUUACAACCACAGCAGCAGCAUCUGAAAUUGCAACAUCAAUCACAGCAGCUGCAUCAACAGUCGCUGCAGCAGCAACACAUGCAACAUCAGCAGCAACUGCAAUCGCAGCAGCAUCAACAACAACUGCAACAGCAGCAUCAACAGCAACUGCAACAGCAGCAUCAACAGCAACUGCAACAGCAGCAUCAACAACAACUGCAACAGCAGCAUCAACAGCAACUGCAACAGCAGCAUCAACAACUGCAACAGCAGCAUCAACAACAGUUACAACAUCAUCAACAGCAACUGCAUCAGCAGCAAAUGCAACAGCAGCAACUGCAACAGCAGCAACAACAGAUUCAGCAGCAAGUGCAGCAGCAUCAACAACAAAUUCAUCAACAACAAUUCCAACAUCAGCAGCACCAGUUGCAGAUUCAGCAUGAGCAAAUGCAGCAGCAGCAGCAACAGAUGCAACAACAGCAGCAACAAAUUCGACAGCAAAUACAAGAAAUGAGACAGCAGCAGCAACAACUUCAACAGCAGCAUCAACAAAUACAGAUGCAGCAUCAACAAAUGCAAAGACAGCAUCAUCAAAUGCAGCAGCAGCUUAAAAUGCAAAUUUCCCUUCAACAUCCACCUUCAGGGUAUGCUACUCUAUCCCUUCAUCAGUUACAGCUAAUGCCUCAAAUUCCUCAUCCAGACCAGCCUCCAGACAGACGAGAACAUGUUCUACCUCUGAAGUUUCCCUCAAGACCACAGUCAUUUAUUGAAACUGACACCAUUGAGAUACAGAUGCGCAAAGUAAACCCUCCACCACCAUACCCAGGUACAGUGGUAUCUGCUGCAGCUGCAGCACCCACUAUGGCCCCUCCUGGUCUUCUUGUUAGCAAUGAGAAUGGCACUACACUGUCAACAGAUCCAUGUUUAACUAAGGAUGAAUUUUCUCUUCUCCCAAUUAGCCUCCAGUACCCAACUCCACUAGGCUAUGAAAGAAUCACUACUUUUGACAGCAGCGGAAAUGUCGAAGAGGUGUGUCGUCCAAGGAGACGUCAUUUAAGGAACCAAAAUGCCUAUGGGAUGCAAGAAAUGGGCAGCUCCGCCACAUUGAAAGUAACUUCAUCUGAGAACAAGAAGGUCCAGUUGCCAUACAGCUCAGCAACUCUUAGUCGCCUCUCAGUGCCUAGAUAUUCCAUACCAAGCGGAGACCCACCACCUUAUCCUGACACGUCUAGCCAAAUGAACACAAUCAGAAGUCCCACGCAAAGGAUUGACAGCAGUUUGAUUCAUGCCACUUUGCGUCGUGAUCGCAGGGAACCGACCCUGAAGGUUCCUCAAAUGGUGGAUACAGUGAGGACUCUACCAACUAAAUCCAAAAUGAAUGGUUCCCUCACACUGUCCUAUCAGCCAAGGAUACCUACGACUUUGUAUACAUGCACUCAGUGUAGCAGUAAUAGCAGCAGCACUAGUGUAAGUGUCACUGGUGGGGGCACCAACAGCAGUGGAAUUGCUGGAGGAACUGUGGUGAGGCAAGACUUUCCACCUGGAAAAGGGACUCAACACAGCACGAUUAUUGUGCACUCCAAAAGUGCCUCGCCAUUAGCCUCCCAGUCCUCCUAUAAUCUCCUGAGUCCCAUUGACAACAGUAGAGACAGAACUGUCUAUGUGAACUCUGCCUUUACGGAAGACGAGACACUAAGUCAGCAGUGCCAUCUUGAAAAGUCAGUGCGGCAUUUAACACUUGAUGUCAAUUUGACAGUCAAACGGCCUCCACCUUACCAAUGGGACUCUCCUGCAGCAGAACAACUCUGGAUACCUCAAGAGCAAAAUUUAUUGCCUGGACCUCCAGGACCACCACAUAAGCCACCACCAUUUUUACUUAGCCAACCACAGCACUUAGAAAUGACGCGACUACCUUUUGUCCUUUCAACAAAGCCUCCCACCAGUCCCAGUUCUAUGACCCUCCCUUCAGCCUAUCAGUUAUCCCUUUCACCUUUCCCAUCAGUUGUAGGGCAUGGUGGACCUCAACUACAGCCUUUGCAGAGUCCUGCACAAUCAUGUGGCCCCAGUGACAUGGUAACAUCUAGCCCUUUCAGCCAACAAGACUCAACUUUAGUCCUACCCCCAGGUUAUCCUGCAAAUUUGACCAAUCUAGGUUGUUGCACUCUGCCUCCCAUGUACCCAGGGACUAGCUCAUGCAGCAACCUUCAGCUGCAUCCAAUGAGCUUGCAUCCCUGGAGCACAUACAGCACUUGUCCUCCCAUGCCAGACCAUUCCGCCACACUGCCCAGUAAGACCCAUCAGGCCCUGGAGAAGCCGGUUCUCUCUCCACCUCCACAACCUCCACCUCCCCCACCACCUCCUCCUCCACCUCCUCUUCCUCCUCCUCCUCCACCCGUCGAGCUCUUGAACCAUCAGAGCACCUCUGAGGUUGUUGCAGAAUCUGGGGAGAGCUUUCAGGAUCAGUCCUCUCUCAAUGAGAGUCCACAAGGAGCAGAGAGGUUCAGCAAGAAGACACGUAAGAGGCUUGACAGUAGGGCAGAAGAGGCCAAUAUGUCUGGAGUUUCUGAAGGGAAAUCCAAAAAAGAGAAUCGCACACUCUCUGACUUCAAUUCCCUGAUCUCCAGCCCAAGACUUGGCAGCAGGGAAAAGAAGAAACCUAAAGGGCAGAAAGAGCCAUUGAACAAGGCCAAGAAACUGAGUAGGACCUCCAAUGAGUUCCAGGACAGCUCCGAGAGUGAGCCUGAACUCUUCAUCAGUGGUGACGAGUUGAUGAACCAAAGCCAGAGCAGCAAGAAAGGAUGGAAGAGCAAACGCAAUCUGCGUACAGCAAACGAACUUGAGGAAAUCAAGUGUCGUAAAGCUAACGAGAGAGAGGAUCGUAGUCUUGGCAGCCAAGGCUUUGUCUAUGUCAUGGCCAACAAGCAGCCAUUGUGGAACGAAGCCACCCAGGUUUACCAGCUUGACUUUGGAGGACGGGUGACACAGGAGUCAGCCAAAAACUUUCAGAUUGAGCUUGAUGGACGCCAGGUAAUGCAGUUUGGCAGAAUCGAUGGCAAUGCAUAUAUCCUGGAUUUUCAGUAUCCAUUCUCAGCGGUACAGGCAUUUGCUGUGGCCUUGGCCAAUGUAACUCAGAGACUUAAAUAAAAAACUCUCCAGCAAUCUUGUCCUUGAGAACAGAUGGACUGAAAAAGAAUUUACAGUUAAUUGCAGAUUGUGAGAAAUAUUACAUUCUCUGCUGCCAUAACGUCUGUACAAUGCCGGUAAGUAGGCGAGAGAUCUGGUCACUCUCAGGCAGAGCGUACACAAGACGUAGACAGGUGGUCCGAAAAUAGAUGUAGUGCUUUAAAGUACCUUUUUGUUAACAAAGGUACAAGCUGAUUUAAGGUUCCACCUAAAAGGUGGUUGGUAUACAUCUGAAAAAAAGUUAAUAUUUGUGUAUUGAUGGAAUAUUGUUUUAUUUAUUAAUUCACUUUCAUUGAUUUUUUCCAUGUAUUUCAUUAGCAUAUAAUGGUGUGAUUUAAAUAUAAAGAUAAUUACUAAAGGUGAAUCUUAGACUUUUUUCCCCCUUUCGAUUUCCCCACUUCCUUUUAUGUUUGUACCAGAGAUUUAUGUGCCAAAUCUGGAUUUCCUAUGUAUAAUCAUUGUAAAGUGAUUUUGACUAUUGUCUGUGGUCAGUAACCAAUGAAAAUCUAGAGAGGAUAAAACAAGUUAUGUUUGAAUGUUCUCAUCCCGUGACUCACUUCCAUGAAGUGAAACAGAGAUAGUAUAUUCAAGUUAUAAUCAUAUUUUCCCAAUUGUGCCACUAUAAUGAAUGCAUUUUUAUGGUUUAAAAAUCAGUUUAACUUUAAAUUGAACGUUUUCUUCACAAAAUGUCUUAUGUUAUAUUGCAUCAUUUGCACACUGUGUUAUGACAGUAUCUCAGUAAUGUCCUUUUUGAAUGAAUAUUUGCUUUUUAAUGUUAACAGUAUCAGAAAAGUUUGAACAAUUUUUAAUUACUUUCAAAUAUAUUAUAAUGUCAUUGUCAUGUAAGUGACAUGACAGAAAAAUGCUGUAGUUAGAUGUACCUGAAAAUGUAUUCAUAUCGUCCAUGACACUUUAGCACGAACUAUAUAGUAUGCAUUAAUUCAGCCAAAAAAUGUCUUAUAUCACUAUAUGAAUCAAACUUAACACACUGUAUAUUAUGCAAUGAAUGGGCUCUAAAUGAAAUCAAAAGUUGAUAUGUAGGAGGUUUUCUCAUUCCUAAGUUAAUUAGUCAACCUAAAUUGCUUAGUUUGAUUUAUGUAAAGGGACAUCUUUUAAUAAUUAUAUUUAAUAUUUGGUUUCAAAUAUUUCAUGUAUUAAUAUUCUGCAUCUAUAUUUAAUUGGUCUUAUGGCAAAUCAGCUAAAUUGCUGAUUUGUAUGUUGUUGCUUAGUUUCUGAUGGUUUCUAGUAAUUUCUUUUUUAAUCACAUUUUUGUUGUAAGCCAAACAGUGGUUCAGAGUGGGGUAGUGAUAUGGUUGACGUUUUAAGCACUUCUUUGUUAUUCUUGAUGUUGUAUGCUUUGAUGAUUUGCAGUUGCAGUUAUUUCUAGCCACUUUGUACUGGGAUAUUCAGGCCCAGAUUAAAUUAUGUGGAAUGUGAGGCUUUAACUGUGCUUUAUUGCUUAAUUAUUCUAAUGUACAUUUACCAAAUGUAAUUCAAGGGUGUCUCAGAAAAGCAUUAGAAUGUCUGUGCAGAGUAGGCUUAAAGUCAUGAAAUAAAAUCAAACUAGUUUGAUGAAA